UAUAUUUCUAGUCUACGUUCAUAUAAUUUCGUAAAUCUAUGAUUUACCAGAACUUUCGAUGGCCCUUCUAACGUACUAUUUCCGGUUAUAAAUAGAACCCUUGACCCUAAACAUAGGAAUAGUUCAGCGUUCUUUCUUUGUAGCUUCACUCAUCUAUACUACUGAAUAAUAAUCGUUGUUUUAAUCUGAGAUUUUGUCAAUUUUUCGAUUGAAAAAAUGGAAUCUAAAGAGAAUCUAACAAUAGCAUUAAUCAAAGAAGUAGAAAAAAGAAGAAUUUUAUGGGAUCCAAAGCAUAAGGAUUAUGAAGUUAGAAGUAAAAGAAGGGAAACGUGGAUCGAUAUAUGCUGCCAAUUAAUAAACAAUUACAAGGAGUUACCUGAACAUAUACAAGAUAAACUUUUAAGAGCAACAAGACAUAAAUGGAUGACCAUUCAAGAAAUGUAUUUUGUAGAAAAUCCAUUCAUCGAAAUGGAUUUCGAUGAAGCAAAUGGCUCAUUAUCACCUUUAGGAAAACUGUUAUACUUUAUAAAAGAUAUUCCACCUAUGAUGAAUAGUUGGUAUCAUGCAAAUCUGGAAAGUGACGAAAUGUUUAAGAAUGAGAAAAAACAAGGAAUAACAAUUGAAUCAGAAACGGGAAAAAAGAUAGAUGUUUCAGAUGUUUUAGGCAAAUAUUUAUCAAGUAAAUUGAUGGAAACGGACGAGGAUUGGGCAUUUCUUAAUAAAUUAUUAGAGUUGAUUAAAUCAUUAGAUGAGGAAGAUAAAUCUAAAUUUCGUAAGCAAAUAUUCAAAUGCAUAAAAAAGAUUAUAGAACAAAAAGAAUUCGACCUAAAGCCUAACUCUGAUUUAAUGAUUGGGAGCAAUUAAAGCGGACAGUGAAGAUAAAAAAAAAACUAAACAGAAGUUUACCUCUACUCCUGGAUCAGAUCCAAGGUAUAGAUAAAUGUAAGCUAUGAAUAUAAUAGAUCAACUUUUUAAAAAAUUGUUAUACAACGUAAUAAAGAUUUCAACAACAAAAUCAAACAUUACGAUGCUAUGUCAUGUAUACGGAUUUUUAUCGAUGCGAACAUAUUCUUGGGGAAGGACACGAAGCAUGCACGUGGUUUAAACGAGCUUUUCAUUCUAUUUGUCCGAAUGACUGGAUUCGUAAUUGGGAUGAGCUUCGUAUUAGUGGAAAAUUACCUUGGCACAAAUAUUAUAAUCAGGGAGACUUCCCCGGCGAUAAAUAUGGCGUUUAAAAAUAUUUCAUGUAUCUCUAAUCUUUGAUUUAAUAUUUUCUAUUAUUUUCUUAUAUAUUAUGUACUUAUAAUCUCUUAUUGUACUUAUAAUCUCUUUUUUCAAAAAAGAAAUAAUAUUCCAUGUAAUAUUUGAUAAUUAAUAAAAUACAUUUAUAUAU